GGGAGUGGCGUCGGUAUAUCGCGUCGUCUGGCGACGCGACGCAACCUCGCAUAAUCGCGCUCUCCCUCUCCAGUUUCCACGCGAGGCUCUAAACAAGAGGACGUCAUAUGAUAGCCGAUGACCGGAUGUCACUGGUUUCGGCGGUGAAAUAGGAGCGCGAAAUCGAGUGAGCCGCGGAUUUAAUUUGAAAUACACGAAUGCUGACGUCCUGUCACGACGCCGUCAGGAAUAUGUGUUACGAAAAUACGGACUGAAAGGGGGAUCGGGACGUUAUCAGUGCGUUACGCUGAUUGAUUUGUGAUUCGAAAAGUGUCAAAAACUGAGCGUAUUCAGACAUGGAGCAAUUUAAUGGCAUAUGUCGCGGGAUCAUGCUGUUGCUGCUGAUCGUUUCUGGUGCCAAAACGUUGAAAAAUGUGUCCGUGACAGUGCCAGGCGCGGUUAAAAAAUUCGACACAGUAACUCUGCAGUGUAAAUACGAUCUCGAAGGGGAACCGUUAUACACAGUGAAAUGGUACAAAGGACAGCAGGAAUUUUACAGAUAUAUCCCCAAGGAACUGCCGAGCACACAAAUCUUCCCGCUGCCUGGAAUUGACGUGGAUCUAAGUAAAAGUACCUCUAACGAGGUUGUUCUACGUUCUGUUCAACCAGAGGUGACCGGCAGGUUUAAAUGCGAAGUGUCCACAGACGCUCCAGUGUUCGACACUCAAAUUGAUUCCAGUUAUAUGUAUGUCGUCGAGGUCCCGGAGGAAGAUCCUCACCUUAAAAUGGAAAAAGAAAACUUAGAAUACGGUUACCUAAUUAGAGCAACCUGCACAACACCUGUUUCAUUUCCGGCCAUGAAUGUGACUUGGUUUCUCAACGGAGUUAAGAUUAACGCAAGUGCUUUCAAACGCGUUAGUAGCGACCGGACAUCGUCAUACUCGAAAAUUAGACGGGUGCCACUAUCAACUGUUUCCUAUAUAGAGACUGAAAUAGAUGACACCGUGUUCCAGUCGGGAAUAGCGAGACUGCAGUGUAUUGCGAAAUUGUUUAAUCUAUAUCGACGGGAAGAAGUCAAGUAUAUAGAGGACGAUAGACCCAAGCCUCGACCUUCUUCUGUUUUGGGAACGCCUGGCCAGUCAUCAGGUAAUACGUCCGACGGCUCCGUUGCCAGAACUUGUCAUUUGCAAAAGCUCGUCCUCCUGCUUGUGGCGUAUUACCUGAGUUGACAGAAACAAUUUUCCUAAACAUCGCAGCAGGAAAUUAACAAACAUUAUUCGGCUUCUAAUUGAACCUGUAAAUACUGUAUAUCUUUUAGGGUAAAUACUGUAUAAUAUAUUUUUGUAUAUUAUUUUAACUAAUUAAGGAGGGGAAAUAAUGCCAGUUCUAGUCUAGAAGGUGAAACCUUUCUUGUAGUUCAAAAGCGAUGUGAUAUAAUAUCUUGUGCGAAUGUUUCAAAGGUUUGAGUCGACAUUUCAGAUUUUCUGAAGAUGGUGCGAGACAAAUAAUAUAUUAACGUUUUAACUAUAUUGUUUGACGGAUAAGAUGUUAGUUAUCUUUUAUAUGGUGUGUGUGUGUGUUUUGCGUUUAAGAUCUCGAAAGGAACGAAGGUUACCAUUGAAGUUGUUAUGUGAGUAUAUUUCUAUUAGGAAUAUAUGUCUAGCUGUAAAAUCGAUAGACUUUGUUAUAAGUAUAAUCAAAAUACGGGAUAUGGUAGGCUUAAUAAUUUAUAUAAAACAAAUCAAUAAAUAAAUGCGUAAAAAUGCAGGGUAAGUUCGCGAAUACCGCGGAUAUUGAGACCGGAUCUGAAAGCUACAAUCAUCACAAUAAUUACAAUGCUAAACAUAACCUGCUCAUGCUUGAUCAUGCCUGAUUUUGUUAUAAAAAUGUUAAGGACUUUUGUCGAAGUCUCAGAUCGCUACCCAAUUGAUAUCAUUUUCUAGCUUCGUUGUUCUAGCAAUUGACCAUUAAUUUGUUAGUCAAAAACCAACAACUAAUACUAUUCAGCAUUAUGAGCCAGUUAACGAUGAUCUGACAAUAUAUCUCUUAAUUUAGUUGGGAUGGGUUCUUAGAGCAGAGCUAAAUACAAUAUUUUCGUUAAACCACAUUGAAUACGUUAGUCUUGGUUAGUUAUUCACAACCGAUCAUAUAAGCUGUUGUACACAUGAACACUGUACUGAUUUUUGAUAUCUAUAUGUUUUCAUGUUUUUUCGCUGUAGGUUGACUUGCAGCAGAUUUUGUGAUUUCAUCAUGCUCAUGCAAAUUAUUUGUGACCUAAUCCAACUACGGAACAAAACUGUGGCAGAAAUAUAUGGAGCGUAUUGAUAUGUGGAUAAUUUUUAUACAAAUAAUUUUUCAGAUUGCGUUGAGAAUCACCUAAAUUAUGAUUUAUGAAGUUAAAUUCUGAUUCUAUUGAUUAUGUUUUAAAGAUGACUGUUGAAAUUGUUAGCUGAUAUUUCUACCUUUGUGGUGUUGAAAUUUAAAUUCAAUUUCCUUUCUGAGUUUAGAAUUUAUCGGUGAUGUUGUGAUUUCAUUUAAUUGAUUUAUGUGAGCAAUUCAUGAUGCUAUUGCCAGUGAGAUGCGGACAAAAUUUUUCUGAGCUUUUGCAAAACCACAUUGGAAGGAAACCAAUAACUUUGAAGUUCGUCUGUAGUGUUGCUAAACUUCGUCUUAUUGCGAAUUAAAAAAAAAUGAAACCUCUAUAAUUAUUGACCCAAAGAAGAAAAGAAGAAAAACACGUAAAAUAAAAUUCGAAGAAGCUUUCCGGGUUCGUGUCAUAAAAAAAAAAUAAUUUUCAUUCCCUCAGCCAAAUCUUUCGUUUAUUCAUCUUUCGGUUAGGUCUUGUUAAGAUUUUCAGAGAGAAGACGUCACGUCUCAGACGCGACGGUUUUUUUAUCGGUAAACUUUUUAUAAUUCAAAACUUCUAUUGAAUACAAAGUCGAAACUGGAAUAUUGAUUGUGGAUACUUCCACACAACCCGAAGCUCUCGCGCCGCUUUUCAUAAUAUUUUCAUUAUGGCAAUUUGUAUGUAUAGUACAUUGCCACGACCUCGACGGAUUCUCCGGUCUGUCACUAACACAAACAAGAUUUCUCCAUUGUGCUUGGGUAUUUUGGGGGCAGCGAGCAUAAAGAAAAUGAACGUAAAUGGAGUAAGUAUAUUACGAAUUAGGAAAAGGACAACAAUCUAUUCCCCCUUUGGAGAUGUUCUCCUGGAUUCCGAGGGAAUAAAAGUACCUCGCAUAAGACGUUGUGUUAAGUUUAUCGUAUUAAGGCUUUAUUUUGAAUGGCGCCGUUGUUUAAUGUUUACCGAAAGCGAAAUUUAAAUUAUAUUACGAUUUAAUUGGAAGACGUCAGCUCUAAAUAAAUCUAACACGCCUUCGAACUCAAUAUUUUGUUAUGACAUUUGACACGUUUGAAAGAAACGAAAAUGAAAUUCUGCAACUCAUGACGAUCAUUGAUAACACAAGUCUACAAAAGUAAGCUUUUUGACAGAUGUUUUUAUUUUUUAUAAUUUUGGUAUGGUUUUUUUUUGAAAAAAAAAAACAAUAUUCCUAAAAUAAAUCAUUUUUUUAUUCGGCAAAAGGUGGAAUAUUAGUCGAAAAAAACUGUACUCAUGCUUUUUUAAGUUAUAUCUUCGUCUUCUUGCCAGCGCUAUUCUGACAUUCUGUGUGUUUUUGACGGCAUAUCCCAUUUUAACAUCCAGCAGUAGUCCGCCAUCAUCGUUAUGCUCCAUCUGCCUUGGAAAUAUCCUGGUGAAAGCUCUCUCCCCGUUCUUCGCUAACCUCUCCAAGAAAACAGGACAUGCACUCAAACUCAUAUUAUAACUUAGAAUAUGAAAGUGUUGCAACAUAUUUUUAACAAUACUUUCAUAGUUUUCAUCCUUCAGAGUCUAAGAAACAUUUAAAUUAUUUCUUUAAAUGAAACUCAGGCGUUUUUCUCUACAUUGGUCAUUAUGUUUUAAAAAUCCUUGUCUUUGCAUAACGUUCUUAUCUGUGGCCCAACAAAAAUACCUUCUUUUAUCUCGGCAUCAAAUAUGGCUGGAAAUUUCUCCCUGGCCUGUUUUGUCUAAUGCCUCAUUAAGCGAAGUGUGAUAUGAAGAAGAGAAAGUAAAACUUCGGUGGGGCAACUAAGCUAUCUCUUAAUACAUUUUUGCUAAUGGGUGUAAGUCUUGUUGUAGACUAUACCACUCACAAAUAAUGCAUUGAAAUUUUUUAUAACCCCCUGUUAUUCUUGGAGCAUGCACAGCCACAUUCAGGUCACCACAAAAUAUCUUGGUAGUUUAUUUUCUUCAAAAGAAGUCCUAAAUUUUCAUAAGGUUCUUUUAAAUGUACCGAUUGCGCAACGGGAACCGAGGUCGGUUCGUUCCCAUUGUGCAAUAAAACCCAUUUUCAACUACGCUUAUUUAAGUCAAUAAACAGCCGCCAUUUUUCUUUAAUAUACGGCACAUUUUCUAAUUUUUAACUAAGUCAGGAAUAUUGUUACAAUACACUAACGGUUCAUCCUGAGUAAAAUAUUUUUCGGGAUCCCGGUAAAAGCUUGAUGUGACGCCAGGUGCCAGUAUCCUUUGAAAGGUGCAAAUCUCUAAUUAAAUCAUUUAAUUAGCUCUAGUGUUUCGUCUUUUUUCUCUUGAAUCCUUGAAUAUUACACGAACAAAAAUAAGAAUCAUCACUGUGAUUCCUAGGCUUUCGCCAUACCACAGGGAACACAAAUCUUAAACAUUGCUUCCUACCAUUUUGCCAGUUUCUUAAUGAUUCAACACAAAUGGGGCGAACAUUAUGAGGAGCCCAGGACUUGUUCGGUCGCCGAUAUACCAAAAUAAGCGUGGUAUACAUUUUAACAAAAGAAGUUGUAAUUUGCCUUUGCUACAUUACGACAUGACUACCAAAGUUAUUUGGAUUAACCACAUAAUAUCUUCUUGCCAUAUUUAUACCUUCUCGAACACUAGAAAUACGCACAACGAAUACAACAGCCGCGAACACGACGACAACAAAACGCUGUAUUGACGCUUCUGCCCCAACUUUGUUGCUUUGCAGGUAAAUCUAAUAUUAUCACAUCUAAUUUCAUAAAAAUCCAUUAAUUUAAAAAUCAUUCCUAACAUGUAACAAACAUAUUCAUGUUGUCGGAAUGUAUAUUAUUAAAAUAAAAUGUUUAAGAUCAAAAGAGCUAUAAAAAAUAUGACGUGAUAGAGCGGUUUUUUUUUUAAAAAGGGCCCCCAAAAAUAUACAAAUAAGCAAACAGCUUUCAACAUCAAAAUCACUGUAGAUCUGUGUCAUUGAUUUACUCAGCCCGUGCGUCAGUUACCCCUUUUGCAGAGUGUAUAUACUGAACUUGUUCAAAGUUUUCCUAUAUAACUUGGUUGGAAUUUGCGUUUAAUUUUCUAAGGAUUUGGCAAAAACGGUAUGAACAACUCCGCCUCAACUCGAUAUGUUUUUUUAUACCGAAAGCAAUUUUUUUCUUUUUAAUUUUUUCAGUAUAUUUACUUCAAUUUAAGGACUUGCCAUAUAUGGGUUAUAAUAUUAUUUCAAAGUUAACAUCCUGGUUAAUUUUUUUGUCUGCAUUCCUAUUUGGUUACUACUUGAGUUAUUUUACUUUAUAAGUUAAAUUACUGAGUAAUAAAAAUAUUAAAAAAACUCCUCUGUGUAAAUUUUUCAAAUAUAUUAAUACAUCUGAAAAGAGACUGCUAAGCAGUUAAAGUAGUCAAUGCAUAAAAUUGAGUGGACUCUCAGAAGUAGCGAUUCCACAUCUUAGUGAGUAACUGUUCCUAUAUGUGAGAGUGUAAUCCAUUUUAGUAUGCAUAAAAGUUACAACGAAAAAAAGAGACCGUACUCAACUAAAAUGAAAUUCUCGAGUCUGCACUUUCAUUUGCCGGUUUUGACUUGUGUUAACACCUGUCUCCAAGGACGCACAUAUCCUGUUUCGUUAGAGAAAUCUAACAUACCGAAGUUAGAAAAUAAACGACGCGCUUUUCAAUCACUUCUUGUUCGCCCUCUUUUGGAACAUCAUCAUGAAAGUCUUCACGUUUAACCACGUUGUCCGAGAUGAAGCAACUCCUGAUAAGAGAAGAUACUUUUUGUUAACAACGUAUUGUAUGACCUUUGUUCGGGAUUAUCUAAAACCCUAAAAGGAGUCAUGAGCAGAGAGCUAUACCAUACCCAGAAUCUCCCAGCUAAAGAGCAUCAGCCCUGUUCCAUUGCACGACGUUGUGCAUAUCCAAAUUUGUCUAUGUAGAGAUCCUGGCCAAAAGACAUCCACACUUGUGAACUCUUCAUGCACGUUGCCUGCACAUUUAUGGUAGCAAAGUUUUUUCUGUUAAUACAUUUGUCCCCGUGAAUAAACGGUUUCAGUAUAGUAUCAGUGCCAGUACCAGUCGAUAACACCAAUAGAUGAAAGAAAUUGAAGGAAGGAAAUUUGAUCCAAACAUUACAUUUCUGCAUGAUACGUGCUCUGAGGUUGGUAACCGUUCGGGAUACCAUCGAUUUAUGAAGAUCACAACAUAACGUAGAAACCGGUCAUUCUUUCCUCAUUAUUCAACGAUUCGCAGCCAUAUUAUUCAGUAUCUCCAAAAAAUGGUUAGUUAUCCACUGAUCAUUAACUCUACUACUAGACCAAUAGUCUACUUCCCUUGAUUCCCUACGAAUCUUAAACACCUUACGCUCACAAAUGAGCAUAAAUUCGGCCAUCGCUUGUGGAUAUCACUAAUUCUUAUGAAGCCAUGUCUGCUAGUAAAGGCUUUCCAUUUAGGCAUUGUAAAAAUAAAAGUCCAUGGCCAUUUCAAUAUUUUUUCGAAAUUCAAUAUUGUUUAAACUCCAGUUAUUAAAUUGACUUUACCAUUUUCAAUUUUUCGUACCAUCAGUUGUACAAAUUCAAACUAGUUUCCAAACAUCCCUUUUAAUUAUUAGAGCAGUAGUGAAAAUUGUUUGCUUUACUUCACGUUAAGCUACGUCAAAUCCACCCUGUAAUAUUUGUUUGAAAAACAUAUAACAUACUGUUCUAACCGCGAUUUACCUAACUAUUUUUUUUAACCGAGUACCCAAAACUCAAGGCAAAACUAUAUUUCUGUAUUAUUUUAAGUAACUCGUAUAGUAUUCCCCCAGUUCUAGGAACCUUUGGGAAAUUGUAUCACAGGACAUUCUUCGUUAGCAAAUUCUGCUGCAUUCCAGAACAAAAAAUGAUUCAUGAUUAAAAUUCUCAAUGGAAGCUAGAGGGAACGUUCGUUCAGGAACAACCUUCGAGACGCAUUAAAUAAAAAUAUUUCUCGUAACUCAACACAAACUUUUAAUCAACUAGCAGAUAUAUAUUUUUUAGGAAAUUUGUAGUUUUGCGCUUCCAAAAUCAUAUGCAUGGCAGUGAGGAAGUCUUAAAAAGAAAGUUUCAAGGGAAUUGUCUUUAAAAGGUGAGGGGAAGUGUAAUCAAUUGAUUAACGCAAAAUGUACACAGUAAAUUAUGAGCCGCAGAAGUUUGCAUGUAAAUUUUAUUUUUUUGCAAUAAUUUGGUGCUUACUGUGGCAGUUUCUAAUAUAACCUUGUAUCCUGUCUGAGGUAAAUCCUGCAUUUACUUAAAUGGCAGAAUUUUUAAAAGCACAUGCUUUGCAAAUGUUUCAAAAAUCCAAUUUUGUUUUUUGCCUAAAACUAUUUUAUUAUUUAUAUAAAAAAGUAAUUUUUUGUCGCAAGAAUUUAAAAACCCUUUCCCGGUGUCAAAAUGGAUACGGUUAGAUAUUAAAGCGAUGUGUUUAGUUAUAGAGCGACGAAAUAUGCGCAGGUGAAUAAUUAAAAACACUAUUAACCGUACGUGCGCAGUGAACAAGCCAUUAUUGAAAACCAUUGUGUUUACCCGCAAACAACGUCGAUUAACGGCCGUGCGGUUUAAUGAAUGUGUUAGUUUAACGUUUAAACUUCGAAAGGCCGCAGCUUUAACUUAAAACGACACCAGAAGCGUUUUAGCGGCUGAAUUGUAUAGAAUUUUGAAGUGUAUUAAACUAAAACUCAUUUUAAAACUUUUGUUUUUCGGUAUAUAGUUUUUUUUAUCCAAAAAAAUGGAAAGUUUCUUUGUUGGACCCUUGUAAGUAUUACUGACACGUGUCCUUAACGUUUCGGAUUCGCUGUUGAGAUGUCUGACGGCGUAGUGGCAAAAAAAUUGUAUUAGGUUUUGGAUUAAUAAUAAGAAAAUUCUUUCGCAGUGCCAAUUCUACCUUUUCUUAUUGCUUUGUAUUAUUGAUUUUGUCGAAGAUUUUUGAGAGCGGUGUAAUAGAUUUUUCUGGGAAUUAUUUACCUGCGCCAUAUCAUUUCUUGAUGCCUUUUAAAUGGAACAUGGGGAGUUAAAGUGCAGACGCUUCAAAUUGAUUCAGGAUAUUUAAGCGGGAAAAUGUUUGAAUGCCCCUAAAAAUUGCUAAAGGGGUGGCGAGUUUAACCACUUUUUUUUAGGUUCAGCAAAGCGAUCUUUAUUCUCCAUUAAAAAACUCAUUAUCCGGGAGAAAUAUUUUUUUAUUCGCUUUUUGUGUAUUAAAAGGGCAUUUCCUCAAAAAUUGGAUUUGCCAUUGUGCGGUAGGAAAUUCCCAUUUUUCAAAAGAUGUCGUUUAUAGGGAAUUCAUAAAGAAAAGAGGGGAAAAAUAAUUUUUUUCGAUUGCUCCAAGUGCUUUUAAUUAGACGUUAACAUUUCAUCCCGGUUAUCCUCAUGGAUUAGUUAUAAUGGUAAAUUCGGGCCAUGGUUUUAAUUAUAUAUUUUCUGAGGCACCUAUCACGUCCACUUACACAGUAAAAUAUUUUAUGUAUAAAGAAAAAAUACUUUGCUUUCUCAUUGAAAGUGUUCUAAAUACAAAUGUUGUUUAUGUUCGUACAGUACUCAACCCCCACUGAACUCUCGAUUUCGAAACCUCCUGAAUACUUUUUGUGGCAAAAUAGUGAACAAUCUGAUAAUGAAUGCCGAUAUAAACCGUAUUUACCAAAUCUCUGUUACCGUUUGGUGCGUCACAAUGAACCAAUUAAUGACUUAAGGGUAUUGAUGACACGGCAAACAUAGCAAGGCUAACAAUAUAGUCUGUCCCUACCUCUAAUACUGCACCAGCUGUAUUAUAUUAAAUCCCGUGAUAGAUGCGGAGUUUAUACUCUGUAUAAACAAAUUUGAAGAGGUUAAUCUUUAAUUAAACGCUUCGUGAGGUGCAGCGCGUCAGAAACAUUUUUUGCAUCUCCAUUUUGUUAUGGAAGCUGUCAUUUUCUGAGUUUUUGUGGGAAGAUUUUCAUUAAAUCGCUACGAAACUGUGUAUUUGACGUCUAAUAAAAAACUUCUUGUUUGGGUGUCCUGUCGACUAGGGUUGAAACCUUAAAAUUAGUCCGGUUAAUUUUUCUAAAGUCAUAUUCACAUUUUACCAAUUUCAGUUAAGAUUCCACAUAUUACUGUUUGCAUUCUGAAAUGCAUGUACACAAUGGUGAUGGCAACUAAAUAUGGUGUGUAUAUACGUGAAAUAAUUAUAAAAUAUUUUGAUCACAGCCGGUACAUAAAUACGUUUGGUUCUACUCGUUUUUUAACAGUAUAAUGACCGCUGGUCCCUGUUAACAAAUUUAAAUGCGUAAAUAUUAUAUUAGUUCUCAGGUAAAUAACCCAUUUAAACAAGAGGGGUCUCGUGACACCAACGUCAGAAUGUUUUCUGUUAUUUUGCAUAUUUGUAUUUCCAUACUAUACAUGGCAAGUUUACUCUAAAAUUUGUUUUCUGGAUAAAGAGAUUUUGGAGUACCGCCGACUAAAACUUGUCCUGGAAUUUUGUGAGCGUUAAGGGUUUAAAAUUAGUCCUAUGUUUGAUAUAUUUAAGUUCAAAAUGUAUCACUUCACAUUUUAAGAUAUAUUUUGAAACUUUUGCUACGCUUACAUUAGUGCGUUCUAAAAUGCAGGCCACGCAAUGGCGAUGGUAAUCAAAUGGUUUGUCUGCAUAGAGGUUUAUUUACAUGAAAUGAGUAUAAAACAUUUUUGAUUGUAUUAAUGUCGCAGUCGGUACAUAAAUACGUUUGUCGGGAUUGUUUAAUUUUUUUAACAGUAUUUCGAAAUAAAGGGCGCGUCGUGUCUGUUAACUUAUUGACAUUACUGAUUGCCAUUCAUUUUGCGUUGCGAUACGCGUUGAAGGUUAAUUGUACCACUUUAUUCAAAUCGACAUGGAUAGGGUGAACAUUGUUGCAUGGUUCUAAACUAGUUUUUUUUUAAGUUAAAAUUUUGAAGUAAAAAAGUAACAUUUGUGCUCAUACUGCUGUUUAGGGAAUAGUAAUGUAGCAUAUUCGAACAAUAUGUUUGUGUUAUAACGAAAAUAGAUGUUGGCGUGCCAGUCAUUAGGUCUUCCUAAGGUAUCUGGGUCCUAUUUUACGAAAACACGAAAAAUGUAAUUCCAUAAAAAGACAAGCCUAACUACUGUUCUAGCAAAUUACAUAUUCGGUAUCAUUUUCACCUAUUUAUCUAGCAGGUAACUGCUUGAUAAAAUGCCUAAUGUUUCAUUUUCACAAAAUGGAUAUGAAGCAAUUAUUCAACUACCUAGAAAAAUAUUUCGGUCUAAACUAUGUGUUUCUCCAUCCAACUGACCAGUGUUAGUUUUCCUAGCUAUCGGCAAAAAUGCAUAUUUGUUUAGCAGAACACUGGCUAGUAACACAAAUAUAUGCUGAUACGUAAAACAUUUUGCAUGCAGAAACAUUUCAGUCCCUUUUUCCUAAUGAGAAGUGGUACAAGCAACAACUUUCUUACAGUUGAUGUAAAAUAGGUCCAAGAUUUAUAAUAAGUUAAAUGCUAGUUAACGCCAAACGAAAGUAUAAAUAUCAUUUUAAGCUAACCGACCUUGUUGCAGACAGGGUUACUAUGGAAGAUGGUUUAAAGUUUAUCGUCAUGAAUGUACAUAUUCUACUGUAUAAAUUAUAGACUGGUAGUUGAUAGUGUAAAUAAAUUUUGCAAUCAAAAAUAUUGAGUAAUAUGUGGCAUGUUAAGUAUAUUUGUUAAAUGUAAAUUAUA